AUGACGAUGUCCCUGUGUGGAAACACUCUACGGAUGGGGUGUUCAAGUCGGGUGCUGACUGAAAGUCAUGGGAAUGGAAACGCAGCUUGUGGAGGAGUUCUUAGAGAUCACCUGGGUAAUGUGGUUCUUGCCUGUGCUUACAACCUAGGAGUCUGUUCUAUAUCCCAUGCAGAGCUCUGGGCGAUUUUGAUAGGGUUGAAGAUUAAUUGGGGGAGGGGGUUUACCAAUCUCAGUGUGGAAUCGGAUUCGAUAUUUGCUAUUGCUAUGUUGGAAGGGUCUUGUGAGCAGGGGAAUGGGUGCUUUCGACUGCUGCAAGCAAGGAGUUUACCAGUAAUGAUGCUGUUUAUUCUGGGGAGCAUAUUUUUAGAGAGGCAAAUCAAGUUGCUGAUACCUUGGCAAGAUAUGGGAUUGUCUAUUCUUGAUGAGGGGAAGGUGUUUGAUUAUGUCCCAGACUUUUUAUCGCUUUCUGUUAUAGCUGAUAAAGCUAAUGUAAUUUUCCCACGUGGGUUUUAA